AGACAUUGCUUCUGUCCAUGCACAAGGCGACACGUUAAGAUGGCAAGGGUCAGAGUUUCUUUGUGUCUGAGGAACAGCUGUUCUAAAUUGUGUGCCAACGUGGACGGAUGGAACGUUUCAGUUUAAAUUGGUUUUGACACAAAUCUCUAAAUCUGAAAGUUUUGUAUGUUUAUCAAAUAUCAAUUAUUUUUGAUAAGCCUACCUCAAAGAUUGCAGAUAUUUAAACCUUUCUCUCACAAUAUCCCCUAAACACACUAUAGGUAUUAUAUCAAUGUUGUCCUGUCGAUACCUCCCUCCACAUUGCUGCCAUAGCGCCAGCGUCCCCAGCUGUGGCAUAUAGAGAUGGCAGAUGUUUUGUGCUCUUCCUGACACAACCCCUGACUGUUCACAGGAAGGAACAGGUUGCAAGCAGGGAACUUCUGAAGCCACUGCUUUGCUACUAUGAUUAUUAUAUUGUAUUUUCCCUCUUGUACAUGUUUCUCUUUCAGAACAUGGAUAAGAUGCAGCUCCCAUCUGUAACCUUGAUUGUUGGCUGUGGAGUAUCCUCGCUCACACUGCUGCUUCUCAUCAUCAUCUACGUGUCUGUGUGGAAGUACAUUCGAUCGGAGCGCUCAGUCAUCCUCAUUAACUUCUGCCUCUCCAUCAUCUCCUCCAAUGCCCUUAUUCUCAUUGGACAGACCCAAACAAGGAACAAGGUUUUAUGCACCCUGAUUGCAGCAUUCCUUCAUUUCUUCUUCCUGUCGUCAUUCUGCUGGGUUCUGACUGAGGCCUGGCAGUCAUACAUGGCCGUGACCGGUCGCCUCAGGAACCGCAUCAUACGGAAGCGCUUCUUGUGCCUCGGCUGGGGUCUCCCAGCACUUGUUGUAGCCAUCUCAGUGGGAUUCACCAAGGCAAAAGGAUAUGGAACACCAAACUACUGCUGGCUGUCUUUGGAAGGAGGCCUUCUCUAUGCAUUUGUUGGACCUGCUGCAGCUGUAGUCUUGGUUAACAUGGUUAUUGGGAUUCUCGUUUUUAACAAACUGGUCUCCAAAGAUGGCAUUACUGAUAUGAAACUAAAGGAGAGGGCGGGUCAGAUGACAGUGCCACUGUACAAUAUGACGCUCAAAUGUGCCAAGUGCGGAGUUAUCUCUUCGGCUGACGUUUCCACCACAGCUACCAGUAACGCCAUGGCGUCACUGUGGAGCUCCUGUGUGGUUUUGCCUCUCUUGGCCCUCACAUGGAUGUCUGCUGUCCUGGCCAUCACUGACCGGCGUUCUGCCCUCUUCCAGAUUCUUUUCGCUGUGUUUGAUUCUCUGGAAGGUUUUGUUAUCGUAAUGGUUCACUGCAUCCUGCGUAGAGAGGUUCAGGAAGCGGUCAAGUGUCGUGUUGUGGAUCGGCAGGAAGACACUAAUGGAGAUUCAGGUGGAUCUUUUCAAAAUGGUCAUGCGCAGCUCAUGACUGACUUUGAAAAAGACGUAGAUAUGGCUUGCAGAUCCGGCACAGCGAAGCGCUCGUCUCUCCAGGGGGAAGACAAGGCUUCUGCCGGGACCCUCACCCUUCAGAAAGGAUCCAACUUUAACACAAUGCCAGCCAGCAUGACCAAGGUUCACCUCCAGAAUGUGGCUGACUACUCCAGCCACACCCUCUCUCUGCGCCGGGAGAAAGGUGCUGCUGCAAAGGGAAUCAGCACCGAGUUCCCCGGUGCCAAAUCCAUCUACAUCUGUGAUGGCGAGCUCUUCAAGCAGCUGGACGGGGAACUUCCCCGAGGGAACGGGGAGGGCAGCAGCUCGGACAGCACUGGCAAAGGCCCGGGGUACGUCAUCCUACCAGCUAACAACACAGGUACACAGAAGGCCGCCAAGGGGAAAGAUGAUCAGACCAGCAAGUAUAACAUCACCAUGGAACAGCUCCCUCAGAGCAGGCUCAUCCAUCUGGCCAACUCUACUGCUGGAGAGCCAGUCCCUGGCUUUGGGCUCAAGAGCCUUCCUACUGACCAGGUCAGUGUGUCAUGUACUGACAGAGACUCACCAGCUCACAAUCUCCUCAACAUGCCCAGAGACUCGCAGACAACAAGCAGCUUGGCAGAUGCAGGCGACUCUGGCAACUCCGGGGUGAUAUCCAAGAGUGAAACCGUCUCCACACUGUCCAUGAGCUCAUUGGAGAGACGAAAAUCACGCUAUGCAGAGCUUGACUUUGAGAAAAUAAUGCACACCCGGAAACGGCACCAGGACAUGUUUCAGGACCUGAACAGGAAGAUUCAAAGUGCAGACAAGGAUAGAGAGUCUCCACCUGUUGAUGCCAAAGCUGCCAAAAGAUGGAGUGUGUCCUCUACCGGCAGCGACAAGACCAACAUGAGUGAUAAGCAACAGACCCCCAGUAAGAGGGUAUGGGAGGGCAUCCGCAAACCCCACUCACCCCCUUCCUGGGUGAGGAAGGAGCUGGAAGCGGUGGCGGCGUCGCCCCUGGAGCUGCAGACGGUGGAGUGGGAGAAGAGCAGCGCCACCAUUCCCCUGGUGGGCCAGGAGAUUAUGGACCUGCAGACGGAAGUGUGACCAGGGUCUCACACCCCACGGCUCCCUGCCAUCUUCAGUGCUGUCACCACACACACUCACACACACACACGCACACUCUUGCACACUGCCAUGCUCAAUACAAAAUGAAGUGGAGUCCUCUGCAGGGACUUAAAUCGGAGGAGGGCUGAGGACCAGAUUCACAGGGUUGGAAAAUGGAGUUUGGAGCGAAGAGUUUCAUUUGAUACUUUGAUGUGGCUGAAAAGUGGAUUGUCCGGACAACAGUCAGCUGACUCAUAACAAGAGACUGAGUGCUUCUACGUGUGCAUCAUCCAGAUGUUCUAAACAGCAUAUCCAUGCUCCCCCUGUAUUCAACUGUUACCAUGUAAUAAUCCUGAUGUGUCUCUUGGCUAAUAUUGAGGCUGUCCUGAUGGAGGCUGAUGUUAAGCUCAGCUUCAGAUGCCUUUCAGUGACACUAAGCUGGGUUUAAGGACCUGGACUGGUCCCAAUCUGCUCCUCAGUACCGAUCUGGGCACAGUGAUUUGAGCAUGCUGAGGUGAACAGGACUGUGACCUGACGGAGGAUAAAAAGCAGGGAGAGUUCAGAGACUGUGGUGUGGGCGGGGCAUGUGUGGGCUGCUGGCCCUGAUUGGCCCGUAUCAUCCAGUGGGAGCCCAGCUACUUAGAAUUCAUAAA